AUGUACUUUGGAACUGUGGACAGAUCCAAUAAAAGGGAAGUCGGGCAACAACGAUUAAUAAUAAAAUCAACAAAUAUUGUCGUACAUCAAGAUUAUCAAGCCCAUCCAUAUCUCAAUGACAUAGCUCUCAUACGACUUCCAGCCGAUCUGCUAUUUGACGAAUAUAUUCAACCUGCCAAGUUGCCCGAUGCAAACGAACUUUAUGAGAACGAAAGCGCUGUUGUAUCUGGUUGGGGACAAACUUCGUUCAAUGGUCCUCAACCAAAUCACCUGCAGUAUUAUAAUGUUACUGUGUAUUCAAACGAGGAAUGUAAAAACAAAUUAGUACAUCGGGUAUUUCCGUUAUCAUAUAUCUGCUUGAAGCCAAGUCAAAGUACUCCAUGUUUUGGCGACUCUGGUGGUCCAUUGGCAAUUCGGAAUGAUGAUGGAAGCCACACUUUACUGGGUCUAACAUCAUUUGGAAUAACGAAUUGCGAAAAAUAUUCACCUGUUAUUUACACCCGAGUAUCAUCGUUUUUACAAUGGAUAAAACAAUAUGAAUGAAUGAAAAAUCUAGAGAAUAAUAAACAA